AUGAGUGAAGUAAAACAAGACAUAUUCAACACAACUACAGCUGAUUCUUCAUCAAAAGAUAAUAAAAUAACUAAUGAUGAAAAAACUAUACAGUUUCAAAUAAAUGAUGAUACUGGAAAUAAUAAAAAUGUUCAGGACACAAAUCGUGAUCUUGAAUCUAACAGCGAUAGUAAUCAAUUUAAUGUUAAUAGCAGUAAUAUUUAUAAUAACAAUAGUAAUGAUUUAAGUUUACAACAAUAUGAAACUCGUAGUGUGGAAGAAAAUACUGAACCUUGGAAACCACAUGGACCUUGGUAUAAAGAUGUUACAAAACGCAGAUGGUUUGCAUUUGGUUUAAUUGCAUUUUUGAUAGUAAUUGUCAUUAUUGUUGAAUAUUGUCUAUUCUCUAAUAGUAGCGAAGAAGCUGAUAAUUAUUUCUUUGGAUCAUCACCAAUAGUAGAAGAUGAUAAUUCAAAUUUGUUGUUAAAUUUAAUAGGUGACAAAUUAUCUUUAGACAAAAAUCAGCAACUAUAUUAUAAUCACAAUAACAACAAUAACAAUGAUGGUCCAUUUAAUAUAAAAAUAAAAAAAUUUUAUGGAAGAACUUUACAUUUAAAAGACUUAUAUAGAAACACAACUAUUAAAGAAUUAAAUUUAAGGAUUAAAAAUAUUUUAAGAGCCGAUCCAAUUAUACAAAAAAUUGUAUUUAAUGGAAGAAAGGUUACUGAUGGAGAUAAAGAUUUACAAUAUUAUGGAAUCAAGAAAAAUAGCGUAUUGCAUUUAGACCUUUUGCCAUUUUCACCAUCACCUUCUUCUUUUAAGGACAAGAAAGAUAAGAAGAAGAAAAAUAUCAUAUUCAAGAGAUUUAUUAAUCCAAAUUUUAUAAAUAAAUUAUAUGAUAAUGCUUUUACAUUAUAUAAUGAUUUUGGUGACAAUAAAUACUCAUCUUCAUCAUCACAAUGUGAAAAAUAUAAGGUGAUUUUUCAACAUUUGGUUAAAGAAAAGUCUUUGGUUAAAAUCAAGAGAUUUGAUAUCAGGAAUGAUCGACUUGAUGAAUAUUGGGUUUCUCCUUGUGAAAACGAAUUAAAACCAUUUGGUGUUCUAGUCAAAAAAGUUGAAAAUUGCGAUCAAUGA